GCCCUGCGCAAGACGGGCUGGGCUCUGGCUUUUGCCUCGCAGCGGCUUCGGACGGACCGCGCCCUCGCACUUGAGGCGGUCCAAAGCCAUGCCUCCGCGCUGCAGUUCGUCGCCGAGGACCUGCGAGCGAACCGGGCUUUUGUUUGCGACGCGAUGGCAAGGAACGGCGAUGCGCUGCGAUUUGCAGAGACCGAGUUCCUCUGGGAUCAGCAGGUUGUUCUGGCGGCUGUCCGGCAGAAUGGCAUGGCCUUGCGCUAUGCAGUGCCUGACCUCCGAGCCGACGAGAAGCUCGUCGCCGAGGCCACAAGGCGCUCACCAAAGGCAUUCGCCUAUGCCUGUGGCCCGCUGAAGUGGGACGCCAA